UUUGUCAAGUGUGUGACCUAGAACUAUAGGGGCGUCAAAAAUUUACAGAAGCUUAGAUGUGGCAUGACCUUGACAAAAAAAAAUGCUCGGUAAGCACUGGUUCAAGUUUUACGUCACAUGAGGUCAUUUUUUUUAAUAGUAAUUAUAACUGGUUUCAGCCAGCCCAGGCGGGAGUAUUGUAAACAGUUAAAUAGUUGGAUUCCCCAACAGUUCACUCUUACUAUCGUGUCAUCUCCACACUGCGACUCUCUGUGUGCAUUGCGACUCUCGGUUUUCAUUGCGACUCUCUGUAUGCCACUUUAAUACACAGCUUCAUUUGAGAACAUGGUGCCUCUCAAUUCUGUGUCCAUCCUGGUGGUGGCCAAAGUUGCGAUGUGUGUCUUCUUUCGUGCAGAUUCAGCUUAUGCCGUGGAUGGUGUGAAUCUGCAACAGGAAAAUAGUCUUACGUUUUGCACUGAGGGACUUCUUGAUACGGAAGAUCAAAUGGUCUUUAAGACAAUUGUAAACCUAACAAAAUUCAACAACACACUCAGGUCUGUCUCUUACCUAAUAAAGAGAGAGACCAGGCGUUAUUUUAAACAUAUAUGUUUUAUGAAAAUUCCAUCAAUGUGUAAUGGGAAAGCACUAAUCACCAAAGAGUGCCACUGUCAACGCACAGAUAAAAUGGAUACAUAUGCUUUGCUUUUGAAAAUAACGGCACUGCAGAUCUAUAGCAGAGGAUUUGUCAAAACAGAAGUAAUGUUAAAUAAUUUAACUGUUUUGGCCACUGAUACAAUAAGAAUUCCACCAAUUUAUGAUCCAAGCUAUGUCUGGAGCAGCUUUCUAGUAAACGAUAAUAUCAUGUCGGAAACAGAUUGCAGAGCAAAUGCCAACAGUUCCCUAGUGAAGCUAGGAUACACAUGUGAUAUUGAUUGGCCUUCACCCUGCUGGCUGGAAAUUACUGAUGGAUUGACCAACAAUACCAUACUGCAAGGAUCUGACAGCAUUCAAGGAUAUUUUAUCCUUAAGAAUGACACAAACUUGAUCCUUAGGAAGCGCUACUGCAACAGCUCAUACGAACAUGUUUCAUACUGUAUUUUAACUAUAGAUGUGCAAAAGGAACAAGUGAAAGAAAUACCAAACAGUUUGGAUCAUACUGUACUAAUCUGUGUGUCUAGCCUAUCUAUUGUGCUGUUGGUCAUUGGAGCUGUCAUGGCAUUUCUUUGUUGGAGAAGGAAAGGAAAGAAUACAAGAAAGAAAGGAAAAAGUUAUGACAAUGAGGGAACAGAAACUAUCCAAUUGAAUCCUCUUAAUGUAGCUGAAAGUCAGUCACCUGAGUUGGUAGAGGAAACAGAAACUAUCCAAUUGAACCCACUAAAUUUAGCUGAAAGUCAGUCACCUGAGUUGGUAGAGGAAACAGAAACUAUCCAGUUGAACCCACUAAAUUUAGCUGAAAGUCAGUCACCUGAGUUGGAAACCCAGUCACUUGAUGAUGUUAAAGAAGUUACUGAUUAGCAAAAUUUAAUGUCUGUUCUGAACGGAAGUGAUAAAGAGAGAAUCCUGAAAGAAAAGAAUUUUAAAAAGAUGGCCUCUGCAAAAUGGAGAAGAAAAAAAAAAAUGUGUCAGAAUCAUAAUUAUUUGUAAGAAUUUAUUGUUCUUUUUUCCUUUUGUUUAUCACAUAGAAUUGAAUAGGCAAACCCAAAAAGUUACUCAUGAUUAAUUAAUUGUGCAAAUUGAUAGUUCAAAAUAACCUGUAUUAAGAACCAGUGGGUGGAUAGUAUAGAAUAUUUUAGCAUUAAUAUUAAAUUAAUCCUCUAAUUUGAUUUGAAUUUUUUUUUUUAAAUGUACAUGUUUUGCUUCUGAACAGUAGACUUUUCUUUAGUUCUAUGUGAGAUGGACCUAGAUCUUGCCUUAUCUAAGUUUUAUUGAGCCUGUUGAAGAUUUUUAUAGUUAAGUUGUUUUUUUACAUAUUAAUAUGAAUUGAAUAGCUGUUUAUAAUAGUACAUUUAUAUAGAAAGAGAGAAACAUAUUUAUAUCACUUUAUGUGAUAUCGUGAAGUUUGUCUUAUUGAGGCAGUGUCUUAUUAGAGCAGUGUUAGAAAAUAGAGCUAUAAAUAUCUUUGACAGAAAAUAUUUGUUUUUUUACUGUUACUCAAACAUGUACCUGACUUAGGUUAGGGAAAGUUUAAGGGGUUGGUCAUCUGCUGGCCAAUUGACACUCUGCUUGUUACCAUUGGCAAAGGAAACAGAUGACCUUAACAUCAUCUGCCCUAUGUAUCGUAAGGUCUUAAAGGGGAACUUUAUUUAAUUUUUUUUUUAAUUGUGUUUUACAAUUAGAUUUUAUUUUCACUGCUAGAAAUAUUUUUUAGUUGUUGAUAAUGCCUAUCAAUUGCACAAAGACUAGCCAACUUCUUAAUGACUUUUCAUUGUCGUUUUUAAUGUGUCCUCAAAAACAUGCAUACCUAGACAUAGCCUCUUUUAUUCCUAUGCACUCUGUCAUAUUUCGAAGGAAAAAAACGCCAUUUAAACUGAGUUUCACCAUUAAAUUUGUCAUGCAAAAAAUAGUUGCAAUGGGCACAUUUUAUCUUUUGAAAGCGUAGACUGUUUCAAACCAAAUAACUGUAGACAUUUUAUGCACAUUUGUAUUAACUGUUUAAAAACAUAAGACAGUAUUUGUUACUUAUAGUUAUCUUAAAAACUUAAUAAUGUCAGAGAAGUAAAAUUUUUGUUUUAUCUGCCUUAAAGGCUAUUAAUAGUCCCCCAGAGGAGUUUUUAAUAUUUGAAAUUAAUUUAAAUCAUUUAAAAUACAUGUCACAUGUAUGUUAUUGUUAAAUUGUUUUUUUUUAAAUUCUUUGAUGCUCAGAAUCAUAUUCUCUGUCAUCAUUCUUCUCAAUGUUUUUUAACAACUCUUGUAAAUGUGUGCCUUUUUUUAAAAAAUUACCUUUGCCUAUUGUAUGCAAAGAUGUGUAAACCAAGAUAAAAUGAUUAAAAAGGAUGUUUAUUUGGUUCUACAAGGCUCUGAUUACUCUUUUUAAUUCAUAAAUACAAAAGAGGAAUAAUAUGAUCUCCUAUUUCUUGUACACAAUUUGCUACUUUUAAAUGUUAAACUCUUUGUAUCAUCAAAAUGUCUUUGUAUGAUAGUUCCUUUCGUCUUCAUUAUUGGCCUCUCUCUUCACUGUGUUAUAAGUUAUUUAAAAAAAUUUUUUUGGUCUUGUAUUACUAUGGAAUUGAGUCAGUUCUGAUCUUUAAUUGUUAACUAGUGUACUUUUGCUAGCUCCAACAUUAUUAUGAAGGACAAGGUUUGUGUUUGAAAUGUGUAAACAUACAAUUUGUCAAAGUAGUUAUUUUAAAGGCUGUAGUACCUAGUCAUAGUUGAAGAAAUGUAUACACUUGUACAGUGUUUUUUCCUGUGCCACAUGUUUACAAGUGGUACCAUACUAGGAUUGGUAACAAAGAUUAUCUUUGAUAUGUUUAAGCUUUCAAAAGUUUAGGGCUAUGCCAAAUCUUUAUGCUCCCCUCCACCCUUAUCCAAAUCAUAAUCAUGAUAAUACAGUAUGUCAUAUUAUUAUCAUUUUUAUUGUUAUUACUAUAUUCUAUUAACAUUAAAUAUUAGGAAUGGAAAAAAGCAUAUAUUAGCAUAAUAUGUGUAUGCCAAUGUUAACAAAAGUCUGCUUGACACGACUUCCUUUUUUUUUAUCAAAAUCAAAAUAAAACAAAGGAUGGAAAUUAGCAUAUAUUAGCAUAAUAUUUAUGCAUACCAUUGAAACCCAUCUUGUCUUUCAUCUCUUUAUAUAGUGUUCUAUGUAUAUAUAAUGUUGAUGUAGCAGUAUAAUGAAUUAUAGUUAUAUCUUUGUUGUAUGACUAAUGUUUUGCAAUGAUUGAAUCAAAUAAUGUCUCCACUUCAAAAAUACAAAAUGUGAAUCAGUUUUGUAUUAUGUGCAAUAUCAAUAACUUGUUUGCUAGACACAGCAUUAAAUCAGCAUUGAAUCUCAA